CUCACGCUUUGAAGGACUAACUACAGAAACUGGCAAUGAACAGCCAAGAGAACACAUCCAGCGAUUUCCUCUCAGAUAUGAGGGGUCCUCCCGGCAACUGGAUGUCAUAUGGUCACCCGUACGCUGAACAUGCUGUGUGGAACCCCAAAUUCUGUGUGCUCACCGACUAUCAGAUGUUUCUGCUGGACAGGGAGGAGAUACACCCUCUGCUCCUACAGGGGAACAGGACUGACACCUGCCAAACCAGACUGCUACGUCGCACCAUCAGUGUUCCUGUUGAGACGCAGUUCCCUGAAUUCCAAUGCCAUCUCUCAGUGGAUAGCAACUCUCCACCCGAGAGAACAGGGCGGAGACGCAGCAUGCCAGGCUCCGCCCCUGACAAAGCCCCACCCACAAUGGAGCCCACUGCCACUGCUGCUACACCCUUCAGAGUUACAGGAUUUUUGAGUCGCAGGUUAAAGGGCUCAAUAAAGCGGACUAAGAGUCAGCCUAAACUGGACAGGAACAGCAGUUUUAGACACAUCCUGCCAGGCUUCAGACCAGUGGACAACGACAGGUCUCAUCUGAUGCCCAGACUGAAGGAGUCGCGCUCUCACGAGUCUUUGCUCAGUCCCAGCAGUGCAGUAGAAGCUCUGGACCUUAGCAUGGAGGAGGAAGUCUUCAUUAAACCAGUGCACAGCUCCAUCCUCGGCCAAGAUUACUGCUUCGAGGUGAGCACCUCCACAGGUAGCAAGUGCUUUUCUUGUCGUUCGUCUGCUGAAAGAGACAAAUGGAUGGAGAACCUGCGACGAGCCAUCCACCCUAAUAAGGACAACAGUCGGCGGGUUGAGAAUACACUGCGGCUGUGGAUCAUCGAAGCAAAAGACCUUCCGGCCAAGAAAAAGUACUUCUGCGAGCUCUGCCUCGACGACAGCCUCUAUGCCCGUACAACCUGCAAGCUGAAGACGGAUAAUGUCUUCUGGGGUGAGCACUUUGAGUUCAACAACCUCCCUACGGUCCAGAACAUCACCGUCCAUCUAUAUAGAGACUCUGACAAGAAGAAGAAAAAGGACAAGAAUAACUAUGUGGGGCUGGUGAGCAUUCCAGUGGUGACGGUCACGAGCAGGCAGCUGGUUGAGAAAUGGUACCCCGUUAGCCAACCCAAUCCAGGUAAAGGGAAAACAGCUGGUCCUAUGGUCCGCAUCAAGACCCGCUACCAAAGCAUGAACAUCUUGCCCAUGGAGCUCUACAAAGAGUUUGCAGAGUACACCACCAACAACUACAUGCUGCUCUGCUCUGUCCUGGAGCCGGUCAUCAGCGUCAACAAAGAAGAGAUGGCCUGCGCCCUGGUGCACAUCCUGCAGAGCACCGGGAAAGCAAAGGACUUCCUGACGGAUCUGAUGAUGUCGGAAGUGGAUCGAUGCGGGGAGAAUGAGCACCUGAUUUUUAGAGAAAACACUCUGGGCACUAAAGCUAUCGAGGAGUACCUCAAACUGGUCGGACAGAAAUAUCUGCAAGAUGCGCUGGGGGAGUUUAUAAAGGCUCUGUAUGAGUCUGAUGAGAACUGUGAGGUGGACCCUUCCAAAUGUUCAUCUAGUGAUCUACUCGAACAUCAGAGCAACCUCAGGAUGUGCUGUGAGCUGGCCUUCUGCAAGAUCAUUGAGUCUUACCGUGUGUUUCCAAGGGAACUUAAAGAAGUGUUUGCAUCGUGGAGACAGGAAUGUGGUAACAGAGGGCGACCAGAUAUCAGCGAGCGUCUUAUCAGCGCCUCAUUGUUUUUGCGUUUUCUCUGUCCGGCCAUCAUGUCGCCUUCUCUCUUCAACUUGACGCAGGAGUACCCAGACGACCGCACUGCACGCACACUCACUCUUAUCGCCAAGGUUACACAGAACCUUGCAAACUUCACCAAGUUUGGUAACAAGGAGGAGUACAUGUCCUUCAUGAAUCAGUUCUUAGAACAGGAGUGGACCAACAUGCAGCGCUUCCUGCUGGAGAUCUCCAACCCAGAGACCAUCUCAAAUACAGCAGGCUUCGAGGGGUAUAUUGACCUGGGCCGUGAGCUCUCCACCCUGCACUCGCUGCUAGCUGAGGUGGUGUCCCAAAUGGAUCAGAGUGCUGCCUCCAAGCUUGGACCAUUACCUAGAAUAUUGCGGGACGUACAUGGAGCGUUAACAAACCCACCGAACACACAGAUGAAUGUUCCCUCUGAUCGUGUGCCCUCCCCUCCAGCCCCUGGAUGCAGCAUCUCCACUGGAUUACAAAAGAUGUCCAUCGACAGUGACCUACCAGGCCCGGCGGACUUCACUCGCCUCCCUUCCCCCACUCCUGAAAACAAAGACCUCUUCUUCGUCACACGCUCUUCCGGCCUCCAGGGCUCCCCUGCCCGCAGCUCUAGUUACUCUGAGUCCAAUGAACCCGAGCUGGGCCUGGCCAACGGUGGCAAGAGCCUGUCCAUGGUAGACCUCCAGGAAGCGGCCAGGGCGUUAGAACCCAUCGCCAUCCCGGUAGGGAUAACUUCAGAAGGUUUAGGUGAGGGUACCAUGGUUCCCUGGAAUGCACGGACUCCCCAAGGCAACAUUGCCGGAGCCCCUACUCUUCACAGGCCAGGACAGACUCCCACUACCCCAGGAGCAGAAGGGGCCCCAGGCAGGCCUACACAGCUCUUGGCCCCACUGUCCUUUCAGAAUCCGGUGUACCAGAUGGCAGCAGGGUUGCCUGUGUCAGCUAGAGGGAAUGCGAGUGGGGAUUCUGGGUCGGAGUGUCAUAGCUCCGUCAGUUCCCAUAGUAACAACGAAGAGGGUCUUGGAGCAACCAAGCACACCUUUCUUACCCAGGGGGCUUCAGUGGGGGAGGAGUUUGUGAGACGUUCGGGAGAUUUCUCAAGACGACAACUAUCGCUAACUGACGCGCAGCACGGAAACCAGCCUAUGGUUCCACGACAGAGCAGCUCCGGUCCCCAGCGGCGUAUUGACCAGCCGCCUCCACCCACACAGACUGCACCCAGAGGACGAACUCCACCCAACCUAUUGAACUCCACCCCCUACCCACGGCCUUCUAAUAACACUUUGAUGUCAGCUUCACCAGAUUGGCCUGGAAGUGGCGCAAGACUUCGACAGCAGAGCUCCUCCUCCAAAGGGGACAGUCCGGAAGCAAAACAUCGUGGACCACAUAAACAAGCCCCGUCCCCAGUGAACCCUAGUGCAUUGGACCGUACUGCUGCCUGGUUGAUGAAUGUGCCAUAUAUAGAGCAGGAGUCUGAGACGGAGCUUUGCAGAGAUGAGCACACACAAGCUGAAAAGUAUCAGGCAGAGAUCAGUGUGCUGCAGGAGCGGCUGCGUGUGUCGGUGCAGAGGCUGGAGGAAUACGAGGCCCGGCUGAAGGGACAGGAGGAACAGGCGCAGAAGAUGCUGCUGGAGUAUCAGGCCCGGCUGGACGAGUCGGAGGAGAGAUUGAGACGGCAACAGGAAGACAAAGAUCUGCAGAUGAAGGGCAUCAUAAGCAGGUUGAUGUCUGUGGAAGAAGAGCUGAAGAAGGAUCAUUCUGAUAUGCAGGCAGUGGUUGACUCCAAACAGAAGAUCAUUGAUGCGCAGGAGAAACGGAUAGCAUCUCUGGACGCGGCUAACGCGAGGCUAAUGAGCGCCCUGUCCCAGCUGAAAGAGCGCUACAGCAUGCAGACGAGGAACGGCAUCUCUCCCACCAACCCCACCAAACUGCAGAUCACAGAAAACGGGGAGUUUCGCAACAGCUCCAAUUGCUGAACACAAUGAAGACAGAGGACAUGAGCAGGUGUGCAGAGAUUCUGUAAGUGAACACUGAGAGAACCGCUUGGCAAAGCCAUUGUUUGGAAAUGUGGAGAAAGAUCCACUGUAAACAUCCACCGGUGAGACUACUGUUCAAGUACUUCAUGUUAGGACACACCACUAGACUUUCAUUCGUGUUUCACUAUAGCUAACUGUAAAAUAUAAAAGAAAAAACAAUACAGCUGACUUGGUGACAUUAUACAGAUAUUAAAAAAGUCGUAUUACAGCUUUAAAAAAUGGUGUUUUCAUACAGCCUUUAAAAAAAGAAACUUUAUUUAUAGUAGUCUCUACUUUAAUAAGACAUGACUGAAACUGUGGAGAAUUUAGCGCUCUCCUCCAUAUUAGAUCACUUUCUGUUUCUCCCUACAUAGUGCACUUUGUCUCUCCAUCAUGAGAAGCCUUAAAAUGUUGCAUCUGAAAUAUGUUUUUUAUUUUUAUUUUUUACAGUUCAGAUGAACAUUAUAAUAGAUUAUAAUGUGCAUAGAUUUUAAAAAGUAUAUAUUUUACAUUUCUCCAUUAACAAGUUUUCUGAUUUUUAAUCUUGACAAAAAUGUUUGUAACAAACAUUACAAGUGUCAAUUUUGGUCCAAUUUUAGAUAUGCCAAUAUUUUGAAUCAGCACAAACUGCUCGGAUGGAGCAGAGAGAAUGUUUUGGACACUACAGUAGACCAAUUUUAAUUUGAAGUUUUUGAAAACUGCCUUGUUUAAUCUUGUGUUUUCUUCCUACAAUGUUUGGGAGAGUUUUGCAUUUUUUCUUCAUUGUUUUUUUUAAGCCUUUUUAAUUCUUUUGUUCAUGUGUGUUUACUUUUAUGUGUUGCCUCAUCGGUCCAAAUUGCUGCACACUUUCAUUUGGCUCAUUUAGAGUUUGUAUAUUUUUGUAUUUAAUAUUGUAUGCGAGAACUCUUCUGCAUUUAUCAUGUUCGGCACUGAGGUGCAGCAUGGAGCUGCUGUGUUCCUUUAACUUGUUGGUCUUUGAGGAAGUUAGACACAAGACGCGUCUAGAUUUUGUUGCAAAAAUAUACAGAAACAUAUUAUGGGACAUGUAAGAUAGAGAUGUUAUUUUUAAGGGAAAAUGUCUCUGGAUAUGAGCUCUAAUGGAGUAAUAUGUGAAUAAGUUAAAAUUACAUAUAUAUAAAGCAACGUUCAUGGUUACUCUAGUGUGAAUGGCCGUGUUACAUGUCUGAAAUGUGAGAUCAGAUUGAGAGGCAACAAUCUAACAAGCACAAACCAUCGCCCCAGCUUCUCAAAUGCGUUGAAGACUAUGCACUUUUCCCCUUUGUCGUGUCCACUUGGGUUUACUUCACUCCAUGAACAUGUAGCAAACUCAAGGUGCUCCUUGUUAUUAUUAAUCCAGGGAGGCUCUGAUUUGUCAUUAGUUAUAUUUGUAGCAUUAUCAUUCGUAGCAUUGUAGCCGAACGCUAAAUCCUUCAACUCAAACAAAUGUGCACAUGCAGUGUAAUGCCAUGGAACUAACAAUUGGACUGUGUUAGAUACCUCAACCUGUCAAAUGUUUUUUUGAUGCCCUGGUAAAGUAGUUUUGCAUGUACUGAAUGCUUCAGCACUGUCUAAAUAAGGCAGAUCAGUGUCUAGGGUCAUUUAAAAUGCAUUUGAUCAACUUUUAAACUCGGCUAGGGGCUCGUGUUGUUGCACAAAAGAGAACCAAUAUUUAUUUUUCUCAUAGACUCAGCUGUCAACUUCUCAGUUUGUUCAUGCUCUGCUUUUAAUGAGGUUGGAUUUUUUGCAGAGUCAUUGUGUCUAUUUUCAUCCACAUGGGAAGCUACUAGGGAGUCAAAAAAUAGUUCUUUAGAAAAUUAUUAAAUAAAAGUUGUUUGCUGUCGUCUCAGUUCUUUUCAUCAGAUGUGUCUUUAUCUGGCUUCAGGUCAGUUCUCAAAGUUUAGGAAAGUUUUGCAAGUAAAACUAUUUGCGCAUCCUUUUUUUUUUUCAAGCAGUCAAUGUGAAAUAGUAGCUAUGUGAAAUAAAUGAUAUAAAGAGAAAAUAUAUAAAAUCUAUAAAUGAGUACCUAAAAUAUGUUGUAUGUUUUAUAAUCCUUGUAGAAAAGAUUUUUUGUAAGUAUGUUUAAAGUAAAGUAUUGGCUGGACCCUUGCCUUGUUUUAGAACAAUGACAAGAAUAAUAAUGUACAGAGAAAUGUGUCCAUGUUAAGAACUAUACAAUUGUGGCUGUGCAAUUUAUGUACAUUUGCAACUAGAAUAAUUAAAGUUUUAUUUAGUUAUUUCAUA